AGUACACUGACAAAUUGCCCAUGAUAUGUUAUGAAACAGAAAUUUUUAUAAAGUUAUAUAUUUAUAAAUCCUUAUACAUUUUAAAUAUUAAAUUAACUUUAGGUAUUAUAAAGAUCUUAUUUUAAAUAAUAUAAAAAUAAUAUGAGUAAUUUUAUGAGAAGCAUAAUAUUUAAAAAGGUUAUAGAACCAUUACAAAAUAAAAAUAAUGCAUAUCGACAUAAAAUUAUGUCUAAUUUAUACGUUAAAUUUAACAAAGAAAUUGGUACAUAUUCUUUUGUACUUCCUUUAAAGACAAAAGAUUACAAUUUAAUAAAUGAAAUUAAAAAUAUAAACAAUAAUUUAGAAAAAUCUUUUGAUAAUGUAAUAAUAAAAGAUAAUAUCAUAUAUUUUCAUAUAUUAAGAAAUAAAUAUAUAAAGAAAAUUUUAGAAAGUAAUUGUUUUGGUAUUACGCCACCAUUACUCAUAGAUAAUAAUAAAAAUAUUAUAGUAGAAUUUAGUUCUCUAAAUAUUGCUAAACCUUUUCAUAUAGGCCAUUUACGUUCUACAAUUAUAGGAAACUGUAUAGCUAAUUUAAAUAGUUUUUUGCAUAAUCAAGUUACAAAAAUAAAUUAUUUAGGUGAUUGGGGAACACAGUUUGGUUAUAUUUAUCUUGGAAUGAAGCUAGCAAAAAUUGAUAAUAUAGAAAUACAAACAAAUCCUAUUAAAACAUUAUAUAAUGUUUAUGUUGAUGCUAAUAAAUUAGCUGAAAAUAAUCCAGAUAUGAAGGAAGAAGCUAAAAAGAUAUUUCAACAACUAGAAUUAAGAGAUAAUGUAAUUCAUAAAAAUUGGGAAACAAUUAAACAAUUUACUGUUUUAGAAUUAGAAAAAAUUUAUAAAAGAAUAGGUAUAAUUUUUGAUCAAUAUGAUUGGGAAUCUAUGUAUACUAUUAAAAAUAUAAAUGAAAUAAUUAAUACAAUGGAGGAAAUGAAAUUGUUAAAGCUAGAUAAUUAUAAUAGAAAGGUAAUAUAUAUAAAUGAAAAAAAAAGUGUUCCAAUUUUAAAAAGUGAUGGUACAACUUUAUAUUUAAGUCGAGAUAUUGCUGCUGCCAUUGAUAGAUUUGAAAAAAACAAAUUUGAUACUAUGUAUUAUAUUGUAGAAAAUGGUCAGAGUGAUCAUUUUACAAAUUUAAUUCAAAUUUUAAAUAAAAUGAAAUUAUCUUGGGCAGAUAGAUUAAAACAUGUCAAAUUUGGAAGAAUAACAGGUAUGAGUACAAGAAAAGGGCAAGUAAUAUUUUUAGAAGAUAUUUUAAACAAAGCAAAGGAAAUUAUGAGACAAAAACAACUAGAAAUAAAAACAACUAAGACUCCUUUAAAUGAAAUUGAUGAAACUUCUGAUAUUUUGGGUAUAUCUGGUGUAAUUAUUCAUGAUCUAAAACAAAAUAGAAUGAAUAAUUAUGUGUUUCAUUGGAAUUCAAUAUUGGAUAUAAAAGGUGAUUCUGGAAUAAAAUUACAAUAUUCUCAUUGUCGUUUAUGUAAUUUAGAAGAAUUAUGUGGUACUACAUUAGUAACAAAAUGUGAUCCAAAUCUUUUAAAGGAAUUAGAAGUUGAUAAUUUGAUUAUAUUAAUUAGUCAAUUUGAUGAAAUUGUACUUAAGUCUUAUGAAGAAUUAGAACCGUGUAUAUUAACAAUUUAUCUUUUUCAUUUAUGUAAAUCAAUCAAUGUGGCUUGGCAUAAAUUGACUAUAAAAAAUCAACCAAGUGAUUUAGCAAAUCAAAGAUUACUAUUAUUUCGUGUGGCAAAAAUGAUUCUUGCUCAAGUAAUACUAUCAAGAAAAUAAUAAGAUGAUCUUUGAUGACCUCUGAUUCUGCAUCGCGUGAGGCGCGAAUGUCAAUUGGAAAAUCGGGCACAUACAUUGAUGACAGCAAAGUACUACACCGUUACCUUUAAAUUGAUAUUAUUUAUAUACAGUUCGAAUCCUUCGAAGAUACAAACAUUUUCAACAUAUCAAGUCAAUUUCGAAAACAUGAUGAAUGUAUUCGGAAUGACGUUUCCGCAUAUUUCGCAUUCUUGAAAGAUUACAAUCGAGAAUUAUGAUAGAAGAAAUAUAACACAAAUUAUAUAAAGUUUUAAAUAAAAAUUAAAGAAACAAUUUUUGAAACUGAAGAAAUAUAAAUAUAUUUGAUAAAAAGAAACAUAAUACAUUUUCCACUUUAAAAAUAUCAAGCACUAUAAAUGAUUAAUAAUAAAAUUAAUAUAAUUUUUUCGAAAACAUUGAUUUUUUAAUUUAUGAAGUAUUUAUGAAAAUACUAAUAUAUGUAGAUUAAUCAAAUCUUUAAAAUAUUACAAAUUAAUAAUUGAAAUUUUUUUAUAUUUCUAAUUAUAAGAUAAUAAAUUUUUAUUAUUUAUUUUUAAAACACAUUGAUGUUUCAAUCAUAAAAAAGAAGAAAAAAAACAUAAAAAUUUUAUCAAAUAUUAUUUAAAAUAAAAUGUUAAAAAUGUAAAUUUAAAGUAAAAUAUAAUUUUAUUUUGUCAUUUCAUUGUUAAUUAAAUGAAAAAUUAAAUUAUUUAUGUCAAAAA